AGUGUCCAACGUGGUCUAAGGAAAACUGGUGUGUUGGCUUCUAUAGAUUCUGUGUUAUUCGUUGCCCUUUUUCUCUCUAGUUUCUCUAUCUAGAAAACCCGCAAUUCUUUCCUUUCCAGCUUCGAUCUUCUUGUAUUUCUGCGUGUUUCUUGCUGGGUUUUUCUCAAUCAGCUUCGUUUCUUUCCUUUUGAGCUUCUUUAAUGCAGAUUCUUGGCAUUACUUGAUUCCACUUUUGAACUACAAAUAAUUUCUUUGGCUGGGUUUUCAUUCAUCGAACGCUUCGGUGUUAUCUUUGUUGUCCGUUGAAGGGUCUUCCUUCAGAGAUCAAGAUGUUUGAAGGGCUAUUGGGAAGGAAGUUCUCCUCGAAAUGCAAGUCGUCGAUAAAACCCACCAUGGCUAGGAUUGAGAUGGUGCGGAAGAGGAGAAAGGCCAUGCAGAAUUUUCUGACUAAUGAUAUUGGAGAUCUUCUGAGGAGAGGUCUUGAUACCAAUGCUUAUUCCAAGGCUGAAGGGCUUUGUGCUGAAUUAAAUCAGAUCUCAUGUUACGACUUUAUCGAUCAAUUCUGCGGGUGUAUCUUAGAUCAUCUUUCAGCUAUGCAGAAGGAGAGGGAAUGCCCCAAGGAAUGCAGGGAAGCUGUAUCAUCUUUGAUUUUUGCAGCAGCAAGAAUGGCUGAUGUGCCAGAGCUGCGUGAGCUCAGGAAUAUAUUAACUGAAAGAUAUGGGAAUUCACUGGAAUCAUUUGUUAACAAAGAGUUUGCUGAGAAGUUGAAGUCGAAGUCUUCAUCCAAGGAUAUGAAGCUUCAAUUGUUGCGGGACAUAGCGCAAGAGUCCUCUAUAGAAUGGGAUUCCAAAGCUUUGGAGCAGAAGCUGUUCAAUCCACCUGCAUCCGAUCAAGACCAAAAGAAGAAAAUUAGCCCAAAAAAAGAGGAUGUUGCACGAAAAGAAGAUGAAGUGGACCCUUCAUCUAAUGGAAAAGGGGAUGAUAUUGAUGAUGGAUACAGACUGAAUAUCAGUAGGAGAAGUGCUGUCCCUGGAAAAGACAACCAAGGCUUUCUGUCUCAUGAAACACCUUCAUUUGCUCCAAGGGAAGAUAAUGGAGGUCAUCAGAAAUUUUCAAGCUUAGAAAGAAGGGUUCCUGAAAAAGAAAUGGAUGACAGGCGCCCCUUCCCCAAGAGGGUUGCCCUUCCUCCUUAUACCAGGCCAAAACCUGAAAAAAACCCAACCGGUUCGGAGGCCUUGCCUGGUGGUUCUGGUGGUGAAGAAGUUGAUAACAAGCCUGAAAGAACCCCAACAGGAACAAACGGUCCUGAGCAGGGAGAGGUGGCUGAAAAACUGAAUGCUCAGGUUAGUGAAGGGGAAGCUAAGCCAAAACCAAGAUCAGUCAGGAGGAGACAGCUGAACCCACCACCAGGCGAUGAUCAAGGUAAUGAAUUAGUGAAGACAAAUCCAAGAAGAACAAGACUAGAGGACCCAAGAAGAGGGUUACAAAUCUUAAAUGCCGGGGAUCACGAUCAGAAGGACGAGAAAGAACUAGACAGGCUUUUGAUACACUACAGUACAAAGAAGCCAUCUCAAGAACCUCCUCCUCCUCCUUCACACCAAACUGCAGCAGAAAAUAGUGAAUCCACAGGGAACAGAGGCCCUGACCACAAGCAUGGUCCAUCCAGAGUAAGAUCUCUCCCAAUUGAACCAACAACUCCAACGGAAGAGACAAGGAAAGGGCAUGUUCGUGCCACUUCCUUUCAACCAGAUAUGAUGAAGUUCAGCCAUGUGCACCCAAAGCUACCAGAUUAUGAUGAAGUUGCUGCUCGCCUUGCAGCUCUUAGGGGAAAGUGAAAGGAUAGCAUUAGAUUUAUGCAUUUCCCUUGCUUAAGGGAAUAACAGAAAAUUCUUUACAUGAUUGUAUCACCCAUUGUAAUCUUCUCCAAAUUCUUCUCCCACAGUGUAGUUCUUUAUUAUUUGUUAUCAGUCAGCACCCGUAGGAAGAUAUUCUAGGCUUCUAGCUUAUUCCUCUUCUUUCCCAUGUCUCUCAGCCUUGUAAGAUAACAGCAUUGCUCCAGAAGCUUAAAAGGUUUACAUGUUUACAGUAGAAA